UGAGGAACAGUUUCAUUUGAAAAAUGCACACUCUGUGAAUAGGGUCUCAUCAUUAACGUGUCUAUCCCUUUUCUUCUGCUUGUUCUCUUCUCUUCUAUUACUUUUAUGUUUGUUUCCGGAGAAUAACGUAAUUGGGAUUUUGGUUUUCACACAAAAGGUUUUAAUUUUAGAGGUAAAAUGGAAGGGAAUAAGCAAAAGGGUAUGUCGUUGUCCUUCACUUCUGAGUUCUUUGGGUCCAUCAAAGAGUCUCACCUUCCUCCUCCUUCUUCCGCUGGUGGGAUUUUUGGGUCCAUUUUUUCCCCUUUAUCGUCCAAGACCAAGGUGUUGGGGAGAGAAUCUCUGCUGUCUGAAUUGAGUCGCAAAAUUGCCAAUGAAACCCGGAACUCCAAAAUUGAUCACUACUCCAAGGGCAGUGGUAGCGAAGCUCAGAACAGUGUGAAUAAUAUGAGUUCCAUCUAUCAGGAUCAGAGAGUUCAACCGUGUCACCUUAGUUCAUCAAUUUAUUAUGGGGGCCAGGACAUCUGUCCUAGUCCUCAGAGUACCCAUAAUGAGGGGUUCAACACUUUGCCGUACCAGAAUGAUGUCGGAGAUGAUGAGUCAGAACUUGCUUCAAGAGGAAACUGGUGGCAAGGGUCUCUCUAUUAUUAAGAUCACCCUUACCAAGGCAUGGGCUGCCCAAGGUACAUAGCAGCAUAUUUAGCAGUGUAGUCCAUCAUUUGUUAUAUGGAAGAGCUAUACAGUAGUGUUACGGACAACAAUUGGCUUUCUUUGGCUUUGACAGAAUCAUCACAUGAAUCUAUUAUCAUGUAUGUUUCUUUUUUCUUUUACUGUAAAGGACGUUAUGCUAUGUCAUCCUGUUGGAAAAAGUUAUAUAGGAAUUGUUAGCAUCAUCAGCUACUAUUGUGUGGCUGAACCUCUACACAAUUAUUUGCUUCAAUGGAAGAAGCUCUUUACUUGCAUCACGUCUGUAUUAGUACUUCAGCUAUGAUUGUAGAUAAAUAUGCCUGACACAGUUUGAUCU